AUGUUGUGCAAAUACCACCCUGUGUACACGGGCAGUUCUAGCAGCCUGGGAAAGCACUUCUCUCUGCAGCACAGUGACAAGGAGAAGGUCCACAGAGGCUUUACUAGUGAGGAGGUGCAACCUUGUGAAGAGCAAGGAGCUUUCUCAGGAAGCAUGAGGCAACGAGGACCUCCAUCAGAUUCAUACGAGGAAGCCUUGCUAAAACAAUUCAGGGUAAAUUGCUUAAAGGGGCCAAUCGUGGCUCCAUUUGGUGGAGAAGUUGAACUCAGUUGCCAGUUGUCUCCACCACAGAGUGCACAACACAUGGAGAUCCGCUGGUUCCGCAACCGCUACACACAACCCAUUUACCUGUAUGAGAAAGGUAAAAUUCUGUAUGGAGAAAUGACCCCUAUGUAUGUGGAGCGGACAGAACUCCUGAAAGAUGCCAUUGAAGAAGGUAAAGUGACCCUCAGGAUCUUUAAUGUUGAUGUUGAUGAUGAUGGGCAGUACCACUGCUUCUUCAGAGAUGGAGAUUUCUCUGAAGAGGACAUCACAGAAGUGAAGGUCACAGCUACAAGCUCAGACACACAGAUUCUAGUGCUUCCUUCCAAUAUUGAUGAUCUUAGAGUGGAAUGUAAUUCAGGAGGUUGGUUCCCACAGCCUCAAAUGGAAUGGAGAGACAGCCAGGGAAAGGUCCUCCCACCUGCAUCAAAAUCUCACUCACAGGACACAGAUAAAUUGUUCAACAUGAAGAUGACCCUUUUUCUCAGCAAUACCCACCCUGGGGAUGUCACUUGCUACCUUAGAAACCCUCUAACUGGCCAAGAGGAAAAGACAAACAUUGUUUUACCAGGUGAGAUCUGUGUGUUUGUUCUCCACAUGAUAGCCAUUGUCACAUGA